AUGACUGCUUUUGCAUCUUUAAGAGAACCUUUGGUCUUGGCUAAUCUCAAAAUUAAAGUUCAUAUCUACCGUAUGAAGCGCUGA